AGAUGAUGGUCGGGGAAAUGCUCUUCGUUCACGACUCAUCUUCAGUCAAGCACCCUUUCAUUCCUUUGGCAUUAUUUGGCUGGCUGUCUGAUAGAGAAGAGUACGAGUGGAGUGCAGUGAUUCGCGUGUUGGUGCCAAGAAAUUCUGUCAACGUAGUCAAAAAUAAAAAAAUCGAAACCAUAAGCAGAAGACGAGCGAUAUUCAAGUGGGACACUCGAAAAACUCUAGCCCCAAGAGAUAGUUUUGAAUUAACCACAUAGGAAGUGAGUGGGUGUUAUCAGUACUUGCGAUCUGUUGGAAACUACUAAUGAGCGAAAGAGGAGAAAGGUGAAAAACUUGUUUUGUGCAAGUCUUCAUUCUCAUCAGAACCGGUAUUUGCGUGGCACAGAAGAACAGUUCAAACCGACGAAAGAUGGCACACAAAAACGUCAACAGUAAUCUCAAAUAUCUCAGCCUGAUAACGCUUACGCUCCAGAAUGCGAUCCUGGGGCUCAGCAUGCGCUACGCGCGAACCCGUCCCGGCGAUAUGUUCCUUAGCUCGACGGCCGUGGUGAUGGCCGAGGUGGUCAAACUGAGCACCUCACUGGUCCUGGUAUUCCUGGAGGAGGGCAAAAAUUGGCUACGCUUCCGAGCUUCGCUCCACAACACCAUCGUCAAGCAGCCGAUGGACACGCUCAAGAUUUGCGUACCCUCGUUCCUGUACAUCCUGCAGAACAAUCUGCUGUACGUGUCAGCAUCGCAUCUGGAUGCGGCCACGUAUCAGGUGACGUACCAACUGAAAAUUCUGACGACGGCCGUCUUCGCCGUAAUAAUCCUUCGCAAAAGACUGCUGCCGACCCAGUGGGCUGCGCUGGUGCUGCUGGUCGUCGGAGUGGCCAGUGUUCAGCUUGCGCAAACGGAUACCGACGGUGGUAGUGCCGCGUCCCGCCAGCAGAGCAUGCCAGGUGAACCGAACCAGAACCGAUUGCUCGGCUUUAGCGCCGCCCUCGGAGCCUGCUUCCUAUCUGGGUUUGCCGGAAUCUACUUCGAGAAGAUGCUCAAGGGAGCCGACAUUUCAAUUUGGAUGCGAAACAUCCAGCUCAGUCUGCUGAGUUUGCCGUUCGGAAUGUUGACCUGCUUCGUGAACGACGGAUCUCGGCUAACGGCCAACGGGUUCUUCUUUGGCUACGACGGUUUCAUCUGGUACCUGAUUGUGCUGCAGGCCGGCGGUGGACUGAUCGUGGCUGUUGUAGUAAAAUAUGCCGACAACAUUCUCAAGGGCUUCGCCACCUCGCUGGCCAUCAUUAUCUCCUGUGUGGCCUCGAUGUACCUGUUCGAAUUCAAUUUGACGUUGCAGUUCACGGUCGGAGCCGGGUUGGUGAUCGGGUCCAUUUUUCUGUAUGGAUACGACCCGGCCCAGGCCGCCAAGCAGAAGGUUAUCAAACUGAAUCCGGACGAUCAAGAGCAUUUGCUCACAGAGAAAGUGUAAGCGCAAGCGCGAUUGACUGCGGGCUGCGAUCUCCGAGAUCUUAGCGUACGACUUCUUGUGUGAUUGUUCGAUGAGGUUUUUUCGAUUUGAUGACAUAGAUAUUAGUGAUCGUUUUAGGAGCCAAUUGGAAGAUAAACGCGCAUCGCAAUGCGCAUAAGUAUUCAUAGUUUUCUUGUUACUUAAGAAAUUAAUCACAUUACGUAUCUAAAUAGUAUAUGAGCUAAGUUCAAUAUUUUAUUACUUGUCUUUUUAUUCCAGGGGAAUAAAGA